CUGGCCCUUAGACAACAAGGAACAUUUUUUAAACUCAGGGUUUAUCCUUAGCUUUUAAAUAUAUUUUAAUUCAGAGCAUUCCUAUUGUCUGGGCUGGAGGGGUAGCCCAGCUGCAUUAGCAGAGCCCAUCUUGGCCUCUUCAGGAAGAAGCAAUUAUUCAAUCAGUGCAUGAGGGACUGGGUGGAUUCUCUCACGUUUGCAGCUCCUCAAAGCCAGCUCCUCUGGGUGAGAGGUGGGGAUGAGUUCUUCUUACAGGUGCCUUCUGUGACACAGCUCACCUGGACUAUCAGCUGGGAGGAGGGGAAGGAGAAAAGAGCAGAGAAGGACAUCUCAGGUGUGGAGCUGGGGUUGUGCCACGGCACAGUGAGUGAGUCCUGUUGCAGGACUGGCUGCGGUGGAGGGGCAUUUAUGGGUAGUGGGACCUGAAGAGGAAAGAAGCAAGAACUGAUAACAGGUCAUCGGUACGAGCAAGCCGGGGCACUGUUGGAGGAUAUUUUCUGGCUGGACGAUCCAUGUCUUGGUGGCCUAUUGGAGCCUCCCUGAUGUCGACCGACGUGGGCAGCGGUUCGUUCAUCGGCCUGGCGGGCACGGCAGCAGCUGGGGGCAUCGCUGUCGGGGGCUUUGAGUGGAAUGCCAUCUGGCCACUGCUGGCUCUCGGCUGGAUCUUCGUGCCAGUUUACAUCGCAGCAGGAGUUGUCACCCUGCCUGAGUACCUGAAGAAGAGGUUUGGAGGGCAGAGGCUGCAAAUCUACACGUCCGUGCUGUCCCUGAUCCUCUAUAUAUUCACCAGGAUAUCCACAGACAUUUUUGCUGGAGCAUUGUUCAUCCAAACUGCUUUGGGCUGGAACCUCUACUUGUCCACUGUGGUCCUGCUAGCAGUGACUGCUGUCUACACCAUAGCUGGGGGUUUGACUGCUGUGAUUUACACAGACGUGCUGCAGACCCUGAUCAUGGUGCUGGGAGCUUUGGUCCUCAUGUUCAUAGGAUUUGAAAAAGUUGGCUGGUAUGAAGGACUUAAGGAGAAAUAUAGUGCAGCAAUACCAAAGAUCACAGUCCCAAACACAGACUGUCACCUCCCACGUGCAGAUGCCUUUCAUUUGUUCAGGGAUCCCAUCACAGGAGAACUUCCCUGGCCUGGCCUUGUAUUUGGUCUCACUGUGGUGGCUCUUUGGUGCUGGUGCACUGACCAGGUGAUGGUCCAGAGGUCCCUCUCUGCCAAGAACCUUUCCCAUGCCAAAGGUGGAUCAGUGCUGGCAGGAUAUCUGAAACUCUUCCCUGUGUUUUUCCUUGUCAUGCCAGGAAUGAUCAGCAGAGCUCUUUUCCCAGAUGAAGUGGCCUGCGUGGACCCAGAUGUCUGCAAAAGGGUCUGUGGAGCUGCUGUGGGUUGUUCCAACAUUGCCUACCCCAAACUGGUCAUUGAACUCAUGCCUGAUGGGCUCCGGGGUUUGAUGAUUGCAGUGAUGAUGGCAGCCCUGAUGAGUUCCCUCACCUCCGUUUUCAACAGCAGCAGCACCCUCUUCGUGGUGGACAUCUGGCAGCGCGUCCGCAGGCAGGCCUCCGAGCAGGAGCUGAUGAUUGUGGGCAGAGUCUUCACCCUCAUCCUUGUGGUCAUCAGCAUUCUCUGGAUCCCAAUGGUUCAGUCAGCCAACAGUGGAAAGCUCUUUGACUACAUUCAGUCCAUAGGCAGCUAUCUGAGCCCACCAAUUGCAGCCCUCUUCAUCCUGGCAAUCUUCUGCAAGAGGGUUAAUGAGCCUGGUGCUUUCUGGGGCCUCAUGGCUGGCUUUGCUGUUGGUCUGGUUCGGAUGAUCAUGGAGUUUAGUUAUAGUGCCCCAUCCUGUGGGGAGGAGGACAGGAGACCAGCUGUGCUAAAGGAUGUGCACUACCUCUACUUUGCCCUCAUCCUCUUUGUCCUCACUGCCAUUGUCAUCGUCCUCGUCAGCCUCUGCACCCCAGCGAUCCCUGAAGAAAAGCUGGAUGGCCUCAUGUGGUGGACCAGGCACAAAAAAGCACCUGCCAUAAACCUGGGAAACAGUGAAGCAGCACAGACUGACCCAGAGCAGAGUGAGAAGGAGCUGGUGGAAACUGCAGCUUCAGAUGACAAGGAGGAGGCAGCAGCCAGACGUCCCUGGUGGAAGACGGUGUACAUGUGGUUCUGUGGCCUGCCCACGGGCCCCACGCCCACCCUGUCCCAGGAGGAGAGAGCUGCCCUGGAGCACAGGCUCACCAGCAUCGAGGAGGAGCCCCGGUGGAGGAUUGUGUGUGAUAUUAGUGCCAUUCUCCUCAUGGCCACCAACAUCUUCCUGUGGGCAUAUUUUGGCUGAGCUGGGGUCAGGAAUGGCGUGGCUUUGGUUGCUGUCACCUUCCUGGCUAAGCUGGGAUCAGCAGAGCCCUUCCCUGGAGGCACUGCUUGCUGGGAAUGACUGUGGGGCUCAGUUUCUCCCCAAGGGGUGGCCAAAACCCAGCACUGGUCACAUCUGGGACACAGGGGACGUGUGGGAUAGCACGUGGGACAAGUCAGAAGGUUUGGGGUCAAGUUUAAGGGUGCAGAGCUGAGCCCAGUGAGGAGCAAAGGCUUUGGAAGGCCCAGCUGUGGCAUGGCUGGGGCCUCCCUCUUAGGGCUGACUCUGCACUGCUGGGCUUAGGGGAAGGAGACCUAAACACCAGCUGUGGUUUUUUAUAUGGGCAAAAUUCAGAUUGGAUCAGUUGGGGACCACUGGAUUAACUCAGCAGUGACAACCUUGGCUCCCACAGCCUCCCCACAACCUGUGUGAGACCCUCCCUCCCCAUCCCACUCCUCGCUGGCAUCAGCAGUGGGUAUAGGGGGCUUCCUCCUGCCCCCCAAGCCCCAUUCUGCCCCUGUGCUGCACGAGGGCUGGGCUUACCCCAGCCUGCCUGAGCCUGUUUGCUCACAGGGCUGAUGCUGCCCCUUAACAGCAUUUCCAGCAAUAAAGUGCCUGGGUAACCAAUCCAGUCCUGACUCUGGGUUAUUGUGGUGAUCUGUCCUGCUCUGACACACAAAGGGCUCCCUGGGACCACAGUGACCUGGCUGUGGCAGGGGAAAGAAAUAUCCUUCCUUGGGGCCUGGAUCAGGAUCUCACUUGAGCAAGUUUGGGCUUUUCUGACCCAUCUUGGUGCCACCAUGUAACGUGGCACAGCCAAAAUCUGUGAAACCACAAAGAGACAGCAGCACCCACUGUUAAGACUGUGCCUGGAGAAGGCUGAAAAUGCCCUCAGGGAUGUGACCCUGCAUGCAAAGGGCAGGUCCAAGUCACCAUGGGGAGGUGAGGGCACACAGAGAAGCAGAGCACCAUAAAGAUGAAGAAAAUGAGUCAUGAGCCAGCAAGGAGGGAAGAAACAAAGCUCUGUUUCCACCAGGCACAGGAAAGUAAAAAGCAUUUGCUCAUUCUAAGGGGAAAAAGUAGAUUUCUUUGAACAAGGGAACUCAGCACCACGAGCUGCCCAUCCGUCCCCACGGGAAGAGGGACACGACACAGAGCUGGUCUUGCCUUUCCAAUUUUCAGUUUCAGGCAGGCAGUGCCCAGAUUAGAGGGUGGCCUCAAAACAUUUAGAGAAAAUCAAGUUACCAGCAGUGAUUAAUAGCUGCCAAAUGUCUAAUAAUAACAGGUACAUUUUUAGUGCAUUUAGAAAUACCAGGGCUCUCACCUCCUCACCCUGGGCCACAGAGACCCUCAGCUGCUCUCAGCUUGAUGGCUUUAUUGGCUUUUUUGGACCACACAUCCCCUUAAAGCAUGAGAAAGCAACACCAAGCAGGAUGAGGAAAACUAGGGCAGCUUUUAAAAUAUUUUAGAUUAUUUUUUUCCCCUAAGAAACAUUCAGUUUUGCAGAGAGCAGAACUGAAUUUUACUAAGCCUAUUUUUUUUUUUUUUUAAUGACAAAAUAUUUUUGAUCUUUGGUUAUGUGAUGAGUUCUUCCCAUCUCAUCCCAUGGAUCCUUGAAGGUAACUUUUCCUUUAAAAUUAUAAUGCUGAUUAUUUGGUUAAACAAAAUAAUGCAGUUUGAGAGCUGUGACUGCAUCUCUGAGCUUGGCCCUGAGAAGGAGUGGAGACACCCACAGUGCCAGAUGCAGCCAGCUGUGCACCCCCAGGAGGAGCACAUUUCAUGGGUAAGCUUAUUUGACUUCUCUACUCUGCUUUGAAGCACUGAAGUGAAACAAAAGGGAAAAGAAUGGUUGGGGAGGGGAAG